GAGGUGUGUUGCAUUUUCACCCAGAUAAUGUGUGCAGUGAGGAUCGGGACAAACUGGAGGACAGCCCCAGCCCGAAGCGGCAGCGCCUUUCCCAGCAAUCCAUGUUGGAUCUAAGCUCCGCCCCUCCGUCCACUCCUUCCUCUCCCAUCCGACCAUGGGAGCUGCCUCCUAAUCGCAGACCACACCCCCACUACAUGCCAGAGAGAUGCCACACGCCUGUUAGAAACCGCCGCAGCCCUCCAAUGAGACGUCAGCGUGGCCGACGAGACCGCCUGACUCGCCAUCACCACCACUACAACAGCAACAACAACAACAACAACCACCACCAUCACCCACCCACAGGUCUCCACCACCCUCACCCCCACCACGGCCCGGCCCUGGGCCAUCAGGACGAGAACUACCGCCACCCAGCUCCUCCUCAGGGUUACCCCCCCUUCAGCCAGCUGCCUCCUCGGGGGCUGGGCUCCGGUCCCGAAGAGCGCCCGGGUUACCACGCCCCAAAUCCCUCUCCGAGGCCUUUUAACCCGCCYCCGAACCUAUCUCCCAGGCUUCUGCACCCCGGGUCCCCUCACCCACAGCACCCGCACCCCCACCCGCCCCAUCAGCAGAGCAGUGGCAUCCUGGACAUUCAGGAUCCGGGUUCAAUUCCAGUAUCGUACCCCGUCUCUCCUCCGGGCGCGCCGCCGGGCCUGCCCCCUCGCUCCGCCCCACAUCAGAUCCCAGCAUGCUCGGUGGUUUUCAGCGGGCAGCAUUAUCCCAUCUGCAGCGUUCCUCCUCCUGUUAUCCAGACGUGUUCUGUCCAGCAUUUGCCCAUGCCCUACGCGUUCCCGUCAUUGCUUUCCAGUGACCCGGCCUUCUUGAUUCCCCCUCCCCACCUCGCCCAUCCUCCCACGCACCUCCCUCACCACCCGCCUCACCUGCCGCAGCCUGCACAGUUUGGACCUUACCCAGCUCAGCAGGCGCGAUCGCCUUUACAGAGGAUAGAGAACGACGUCGAGCUGCUUGGAGAGCACUUGUCUCUGGGUGCUGGGCUCCAUUAUUCUCCUGCUGCACACCCAGCCCUCACCCCUCACUCCACACAGCUCCACUUCCUCUCCCAUGAUCCUCUGCCUCAGGAGUUCUUCGGAGUCUCCUAUCCAAACUUCAUUCCUCGGCGUCUCCCGGGGCGGCGUUAUCGUUCACAACAGCUUCCACCCUCGCCUUACCACCCCAGCCUCUUGCCUUACUUCCUAUCAAUGCUGCCAGUCCAGCCCACAGGUCCUGCUAUCAGCCUGGAGCUGGACGUAGACGAUGGAGAGGUAGAGAACUACGAGGCCCUCCUGAACCUCGCUGAGCGCCUGGGAGAGGCCAAACUUCGAGGACUGACCAAGGGAGACAUCGAACAGCUUCCUUCUUAUCGAUUUAAUCCAAAUAAUCACCAGUCUGAACAAACACUGUGCGUGGUGUGUAUGAGUGAUUUUGAGCCUCGACAACUGCUGCGAGUCCUGCCCUGCAGCCACGAGUUCCACGGGAAGUGUGUCGACAAGUGGCUUAGGGCCAACAGGACGUGUCCCAUUUGUCGAGCCGAUGCCUCGGAGGUCCAGAGAGACUCAGAGUGACCACAGGAGGGAGCCAUCCUCUCCCUGCUGUCUGUCAAACACGUCCAGCACUGCCUGCUCCUCGUGAAUUAACGCACAUCUGUGCACACACACAAACACACACAAUCAGCAUUACCUUAAAUGUUUGUGCAGCACUUUCUCCUCCAUGGUUAUCCUUUUUCUGUUUCGAAUAUGGCAUUGUAGAUUUGAUUUUUAAUUUUCUUUUCUGUACAUGCACAGAGGUCCUCACUUUCAGUGUGUGUGUGUGUGUGUGUGUGUGUGUGUGUGUGCGUGCGUGCGUACGUGCAUGUGCCACAACUGUGCAAGCAUUAUUAGGGGGUGGGUUAGCUCUGUAACAGGAUUUUUGGUACAUGACUGUGUUUUCAGUGUGUCUGUAUGUGGUUUGAAAGAGAUUUAUUUUAUUUUAUUUUUUUAGGUUUUCAGAGCAUGCAUGAGUUCUUUUGUUCUGUAAUGGAUAAAAGUAACAUGAGGGUUUCUGCUUUUCUGAUUAACUUUUCUUCCUGUUUGUAUGUUCAUGAACUGCCUGUAUGCACAAUUACGUGUGUGUGUUGUCUUUUCUUAAGUUUGACACUAAGGGUCCAUGCUGCCACUGUAGUUCUCAGUUGCCUGUCAUUUGUUUCAGUAGAUUAUUAUUAUUAUUAUUAUUAUUAUUGUUAUUGUUAUUAUUAUUAUUGUUGUUGUUAUUAUUACAGAUUUUUCAUUAAAUUAACCUCAUCAUUCCAGUCAUUCAUUACAAGCACUUCACAGGACUAUUCUGACAUAAAGCAGUUAUGGUUUACCUUUUUAUUCUUUUUAGGAAAAAAAAGUUAAGUUUGUGAUUUUUGCAGUGGCACAUGUUACAUAUAUAUAUAUCAAUAUAUAUACUGUAUAAAUCUAUUAAUAUGAAUACCAAAUAAAAGGCUUGAUAUGAACUUUUUAAA